AUGAUCUCUACCAUUCUACCCACCAUGAGCAUGAGCAUGACUGCCGUCACCAGCAGUAUGUUUUCCUUGGUGAUUGCUGCCGUCGCUAACAGCUUUGUCGUCCUCGCCGUUCUUGUCAUGUUCCUUUUCGUUCGUCGCGCCUCGCGUCGUUCUGAGUUGGACAAUGACAUGUUCAUGUUUGCGGAUGAUGCCUCUGAAAUCUUCGACCAUGAAACCUCUUUCUACGCCUCCGUGAGCCAAGAGCCCGUCGCCAUCAAGCCCGCGCGUACCGUUAUCAAGCCUGUCAUCUUCAAGAAGCACCUUUCCGUUCCUCCCAUCUCCGAAUGCGUCGUGGGGCGCAAGAGCAGCAACAAGACCGUCAACUCAUUCGCAGCUUCUUGUGAUGGUAUCAAGACUCCCUCUGGGCAAGCCCACACCGUGGUCGUUUCCGGUGAUGCCUGGCUUCGUCAAAUGGAAGAUGCCAAACUCAACAAGAAGAAGCUUUCCUACCAACCAGUGACUGACCUCCCCUUCAAGGUCGUCCAGAAACAAGAACCAGUUGUCGUUGAUGCUACUGCUGAUUUGGUUCCCAACGAAACCGAGGAACCAAUUGUCACCACUUCCGCUCCCCAGCAAAAGAAGGAGGACGCCCCACAAGUCGCCGCUGUCAUUCCUGAAAGCACCCAAGUGCCAGAUGCUGUCAUUCUUCUUCCACCUCCAGUCGACAACUCCCCAGUCGCUGGCGAGCCAAUGGACACUUCUGCUGAGGAUCUAGUCGAUAUUGUCGAGAAACAACCGCAAUCCGAAGUAAGUCCCAUGACUGGUACUCUUCCAACUACUGAUGACGAAGUGAUGCAAGCUGUUCCCGAUUGUGUCAAGACGGUUAAACCACUCCCAUGUGUGGCAGAUGACAUGAUUGAUACUCUUCCAAUUACUGAUGACGAAGUGAUGCAAUCUCCUCUCACAGCAUCAUUUGAAAAGCCAGAGCCCAUGGCAGAGGAGGAAGAUACCAAUGUCAAGGCAUUGCGGGAAUUCUUUCACCAGUGGACCCUGCAGGAGGACGAAAAGAUGGGGGUGCCGGACAGUGUGGACUUGCUGUGCAUAGCUUUUGAGCAGCUGACAAUCCACGGCAAGGAAGAUUCGGUUGACGGCUUGACUUUGUGCCGUGGCAAUGACAAAGUCAGGGACACAAUCACGGAGGAAGACUUGAAGGAUCUCUAG